CACAGAACAGAGUAGACUCCUCUUCGCUUAGCUUGCGACAUAAUAAACCAUGGCUAAAAGACUUGCCCUUCGAGAGGUUUAUGACCCGACCAAGGAGAAACACCUGACUCCUACUGUCGAUCUUGUCCUCGUUCACGGUCUCGACGGCGACGCCACCAAGUCUUGGACAUGGCAGGACCAGGGCUCCGAGGUCUUUUGGCCUGCAAAGCUCCUCCCUGAGGAACGGCCACGGACGCGCGUCCUCUCUUUCGCCUACAACGCAGACAUGUUCCACAACAAUACAGACGCCACCAUCCGUGACAGCGCCCGGUCCCUGCUCGCGCUUCUCAACGUCCAGCGGCGCAAGAUCGCCGACCCCAGAAGCCGGCCCAUCGUGUUUGUCGGCCACUGCCUGGGCGGACUGGUCAUCAAACAAGCCAUGUGCUUCGCUAACAGCGAGGCCGAGUACGCGUCUAUUGAGUCCGCCACCAAGGCCAUAAUCUUCUUUGGCACACCACACGGCGGGGCGGAUAAGGAAAGCUGGAAGUCGAUUGCCAGCGGCUACUCGUUUCUCGCUGGCCCUUCCUCCUCGCUAGUGGGCGCCAUUACUCGCGCCUCGGACGACCUGGAGGAGAUCAAGGAGGACUUUGUGAAGAUCUCGCCACGGUACCCCAUCACAAGCUUCUAUGAGAAGGGCCACUGGGGAAAGACGGGGAAGUGCAUCGUCAAUCCCACUAGUGCGACGAUGAUGAUUGGGAAUGAGUGUGCUAUGGGCGUGGACGGUGACCAUCGGGUGAUGUGCCAGUUCGAGGACGCCCAGGAGGCCGCUUUUCAGGUGAUGUGUCAGCGGAUCGAGAUCGCCGUUGGGCUGGAUGUUGUGGAGAGGAAAGAAGAUGGAAGAGGUACGGUCGGGAAUGAACUGGCCGUAUCAUCGAGGCAGGAGUCUCAGACCAUGCCGAUGUGGUCUGCCGAUGGAGACCGGGGGAUGGGUGGGGGUGAUAUGGGUGGGUAUACCGCGAAAAGGGUCAUGAUGAUUGACUUUGAGAAGCGAGUGCCCGAAGACGAGGUGCUACGGAAUCUCCGCCGGGACAGAGUGAUGGUUGCUGAUGACACUCCAGGGCUGAAACCAGCCGAUUGCGUUACUGCAACCAGUUCCCCAGUCCCACAGCCGGAGGUUUCUCGGGAAGGGCGCGGGCGACGCUUUCUUGGGCGGUUUAACAAACUUUGGGGUUGAGACCAUCUUUGGAUUGGUGUGAGGUAGAGUUGGGGAGUGGCAGACAUUGUUGUUUAUUAUGUUCAUUUCAUGUAAUCUUCAGUUAUUUACGUUAGUGGCGAGUAUUGUUAUUCGGAUGCCA